AUGACGAUGAUUAUGAUGGUGACAAUGAUGGGUGAUGAUGGAGAAGUGUUAACACUGGUGAUGAGAAAACUGAAUUACAGUGAAGUUAAGGGAAUUGGUCCAGUUUUAUACAGCAGAUUCUGGGCAGCGACCCUCAACCGCCAUGGUUGGGGCUGGCAUUGCAGCACCGCGUGGUGGAUAGCUGCCGUGUCGUUGCCGGAGGCCUGGCAAGUCUAUGGUGAGGACCACCGCCUGGCCACCUUCCGGCACUGGCCCUUCCAGGAGGGCUGCGCCUGCACCCCCGAGCGGAUGGCUGCGGCCGGCUUCAUCCACUGCCCCACGGAGAACGAGCCCAACCUGAUUGAGUGCUUCUUCUGCUUCAAGGAGCUGGAAGGCUGGGAGCCAGAGGACGACCCCGCAGAGGAACAUCGAAAGCAUUCGCCUGGGUGUGCCUUCCUGUGUCUCAGGAAGCGGGUGGAAGAGCUGUCCUUCGGGGAGUUUUUGGAGUUGGACAAAGAAAGAACUAAGAACAGAAUCAUGAAGGAAGUGCACCGAUGGCGAGAAGGACUGGAGGAAGUUGCAAAGAAGGUCCGCAGUGCCAUUGAGCGGCAGCUGGCGGACCCUGAGUGACGGAGUGACGGCUCCUGCAGGCUCCCUGGUCCCAGCACGGGGGCGUCAUUGCUAAGGCUGGAUCCCCAGUG